AUGGCGUCGCUCGAUCUCAAACCAGAAGAGCUGAAGGCGCUCGAGGCGACGCGCAACCGGCUGCUGCAGCUCUCGAACAGCAUCGCCAGUGUCAAGAAUGACGUCUACAGCAACAACCCCUUGCCGAAUCCGGCUUCAUUACAAGCCUCCUCUCACAUCCUCCAGCAGAAUCUCUCCUACCUCCUCGAUGUCAUGACCGAGCACAGCACGCUCUUCCAGCGAGUCGUUGUCCACCCCAGCACAAACUACCCCGGACGCACGGAGGAGAGCAUUCUGUUGCAGCUGCUACGGAAGAAGCUCGAGCCGGACAUUGAAGGGCUGGUGGAGAAGGGCCGCGAGACGGCAAGCGCAGCAGGCAUCGACGGCAGCAGCUUCGUGUCGCGCGAGGCGGCCGAGGCAGAGCGGGGUCCCAAGCAGCGCUAUCUCGACGACGAUGACGAGGAUGUCGAGGACGAUUCAAGCGAGGACGAGGGCGCCGCGCAAGAGCCGCUUGGCCUCGGCGACGUCUGGGCGGAUUCGCGGGAGUGGACUAUGCAGCGGCUGGCAGAGUUUAUUCGUGACGAGACAGAGGAUCCGUACACGCGAGAGGAGAGGGAGAUGGGCGUUGAGAAUGUGCGCACAGGCCUGAAGCGCAACUUAGAGGAGGAUAGCGACGAGGAAGAAGAGGACGAGGACGAGGAGGAUGUCACCAUGCUCGAUGCGGCCCCUGUGGCGCCGAGCUCAGCACAGCGACCUGGUCAGCCUACAGGAGUCGGGACUGGGCCUCCGCAUAUGGUGCCGGGUGCGGAGCCGGAACGCAUGCUGUGGUUCGCGGCGCGAGGAGACUCAAACAUGCCGGCCUACGUGGAGCUAGAAAGCGCACGGCAAGCCAAAGCCGCCGCAGCGAACCGAGGCGGUCGAUGA